UCGGAAGAAUCAAAGACCAUUAUUAUUUUUGCCCAUAACGGUUCCAUCACUGAACAGAAGAUUCAAAAAAUAGGAUUUGAAGUUCUCUGGUCCCCCACUGCCGCCUCCCCCCAAAGCUUCUUUUCGCCCCGCCUGCGUGUUUGUGAUCCGUUGGGAUAAUACCGAAUCAAUCACCAUUGUCACGAUGAAGAAGUGUUCAAAUUCUGCCAAUUGUUCAUGGACGAUAGAAUAUGCAGUUACAGCGUUUGCUCAUCAUGCGGAUGCAAAAAGUAGAUAAGAGGAUAAGCUUUUCUCUGUUUCAGAAUGAGACAAACUUUUGUAUGAUUCAUUGGCGAGUUUGACCACAUGUUUGUGGCUAACUUUUGGCCAAUGGAGAAGAGGGGUUGGCGAUGCUGUGCCGCUGUCUUAACCCUAUCCUAUCGUAACCCAAGCAUGCUAAUUUCCAACUCUUCCAACGACGACUACGGAGUAGAGUGGGUACAGUAGCUUGCAAAGAAGAGAUAAGUCAUUCUGGGGAAAUCUUACGCUAGUCAUCGCUUGAUUGAGCUGGAAUCCACAAAAUUUCGCGUCAUCUGCGCGUCCAAGAAUGAUUGGGUUUGAUAAUCCAGAAUCCAUUGCAGUCAGGACAUCUGUUCGAAAGCGAUGAAUUCAUAGUGAAAUAUUUCCACCUGGAUAGUCCAAUCCUGUGUGCGAAACAUUGCGCGAACCUCGUCGGACUGUUGGAAUACCCAACUUCUCGCUGGUAUCAAUUCGAUCCUCCUCAAACCACGCGCAACGGACGCGAUUCUGGCCAUUAUUGGCGCCAGAGAGCUCUCUACACGUCCCUUGUUAACCGAAAUCUUCAAGAAUAUUUCUCUUGCUGGGGAUGUAACUUACCGCUGGUAAUAUUUGAACCUAGCAUCUUCCUGAAGAAGAAUGGUCCAAUACGCAGUCAUCGCAGGGCGGAGAAUGGUGCAGUCUUGGCGGACAACGUGCAGGAAAUCGCUUCCAUCCGCAAUUUCACUGGUGCUUCCGUCGGGGAGGAGGACAGGGUGGUUUGCACUAAACGGCUAGCGCAUGAGUCAAAGGGCGCCUCGAGACCCGCAAUAUAGCCAAAUUCCCCUAUUAAAACGCCCAGAAUCGCGGUUGACCCUUGACUCGAUCCCAAGGGCCAAAGACCACACCUUGCCGUCUGACUGGGAUCUUCCCCACCUCGCCAAGGGUCUCGACACGGCAUCCUAAUCGGGUUUAAAUUUCGGACUGUCGCAGGGAUUCUUAGCGUAGUGCAAAAUGCCCGCCGGCCAAGCAAGUUACACAUUUUAGGCUUAGUAUUAUUUUGCUUCUUUUUUCACUGUGAAUUCAAGGAGUGAGCGUUUGAGCCUGACAGUCAACCUUAUCAUCUCAUUAAAAUUGUUCUCCAAUCCCGUUUCAAGAUCUUGCACUCUGCUCCAUCACCAUGCUUAUGGGACCGCUGGAUGGUUGGCACCCCUGAAGCAGCUAACGACUUUCGGCUCUAAAUAUUGAAUCUUUGCAGCUUAAGUUGUUUUCAAAGUGUGACUUUUUCCUCUUCCAUACUAUGUAAUGCCAUGCUUGUUGAAAAUCUGUGAUGACUGAUUCUGCUUAUUCUCGAAGCGGAGAUCCUCUUGAACCUUAGCUCGUAGUACCAGGGUGUCGAGUAGGCGAGGGCACGAGAUGGCCCCGAGUAAUUUGGGCUUUGGAGGUUGCAAAAAUUCAGAGGACACCAUUGUGUUAUUGAUUGAUUUUCCAUUGUCGUUCCAGCCAGCCGUUGGUGGCUGCGAUUGUUUCACAGGAGCAGAAGAUCGACGUUCAGGAAGUGGCUGCCCUGUCCUGCUAGCGAUGUGACUUGGUCUUGUUGCCUCAUCACACGCAGAUAGGAGAAAUCCAACGUCAACCAAUACCCUUCACGGCCAGGUGCUAAAGCCAGCGAAAUGGAAGCCCUCCACCAACAGAAAUUAUUCAUUUGUUGAUGUUGUUGAGGCUCAUUUACAAUUGCUUAGCCUAGUGUAACUAUGGAGUAACUAGACUAGUCGAAACUCAAAGCAUCUGCUGACUAACGUUUAAAAAAAAGUGCCACGUGGAGAAACGAGGGGGAAGAGAAGUGUGUGGGAAUAAUUCAGGAUAUCAUUAUUUGGGAAUCAAUAACAUGGGGACACAGCGUUUGGCAAACCCUCUGAUAUCAAGGCUUUUCCGAUUGUUCUGAGACAACCAUGCAGCAGCAGUGUAACUUAGUAGUACACAGUAUUGUAGUGUGCGAGAGUUGGUGGUUCCGCCGAAUUCUCUCUGUAAGGGCUGUGCCAUCCUUGCCUAGCAGCAACCGCAUAUCUCGUCCAGCCAUUGUUCAAUUGUUUCGUUGUCAUACUACCUGGUCCACCAGCUCAGACAUGUCCAUUCUUUAGCUGAUACCAAGUUCCACUUGGCUGUACUUCAACUUCAAACAUGGUUGUUUGACAAGAUAGCCUGCAGGCUGCAUGGGUUGCACAUGGGUUGGUGUUGUUGACAUUGCGGCUGGACCAUCUCGGGCAAAUAUCCCACGAUAGAUUUGAUAGCUCAUUCUGCUGACUUGUGCCUAGGUACUCCGUAGUUUAGCUAUGUUGUCUGGGAGGUUUAACUAAGGCACAGCCGAAAAUUAGUCUCACCAAAAUUCAGAGGUGUGGUUACCUCUCUUUUUCCCGCUUGCAAACAGCAAAAAUUCUGAAGCUCUCACUGGCCUCCAAGCCACGUUGUGUUUGACUACAACAACUCUGGCCGUGUCGGGUUGGCCAUGACAAUGGCCCAUUGAGGAUUGAUGAGAUGAUGAAGAGAUCGGUGCCGGGGAACAGCCGCCUCCGCCUCAAUGCUUGGCAAUCAGGGUCGGAAAUCCUCCACAGUUGUCCCGAUGGCCGUUGGCAUUCCGCUCUUCCUGGAGAAAUCACCGCAAUCACCACAACCAUGCAGCAUCCGCGGAUCUAUGUCUGUCGUCGUGGGCGGAUUAGUACUAAUUAAACAAGAUCACUUUGACAUAGAGACGGAGCUAACCAUCCAGAGCCUUUUUUUCAUCGCCUACUUUUGACAGAGCCAACUAGCGAGCUUCUGCAAGAGUGAACCUCACAACAACACAACAAAUGACGUCGACGCUCCAACUCCCACCAAAUUAGAGAAACGGCAACCAGUGAGGGCGAGAGUGUCAUCGAACCUGUGCAACCUCUGAUCGGCAGGAAGUAAUAAGAAUUCAUCACAGGAAUUAUAGCGUGGGCAUGGGAUCCGCUUGGCUCCUGGAACGAACCCCAGCCGCGGGAGCAGAAUUGGCCAGGGGAGCAAAUGCCAUGGGUGGCUGUAUGUGCAUCGACUUACCAGAUCUAGCAUGCAUGGAAAUCAUCCAUGCUGUCUUUCCACCAGCUCGUGGCAGUCCCAACGACGGGUUUCAAGCCAGAGCGGGUGCUUCAUGCACCAACCAGCCCCCAGGACACGCUGAUGGAUGGAGUCAUCUGCAAAAAAGAAAAUUACAUGUUACAUCUGAACCUGCUACUCCAAAAUACCAAGUUUGCAAGUCACUCUUUGUCCAGCAUAUUCCUAAAAUAAUAGGGCGGCAAAAUUACCAUUACGCUUUUGUCCGAACUCCCUAAACUGAGCCUCUGUGAGGUCCCAGUUUGGAACCCACCAACUUAGCUUUUGCAGCCGAACCCGGGGCAUUGAUUAAAGAUUGAACCCGUCGAAGCCUGACUCUCCACAAAGUAAACCUUUAUUUUUUGCUUUCCCUGUCUUUGGCCUAGGCUGACUGCAUUUUGUCUUUACCGAUAACAAAGGGGCGCCCGUCCUUGGGCAUUCUAAUUGAUCGGAUCAAUCCUUGACCUGGCAAUCAGGCGCUGCAAUACGGUCCAUUUUAUUUUCUAAAAAAGUUCAUUUUUUAUUUUUGCUUUUUUUCUCUUUUUUUCGUUCUUCAUUUCCAUUUUGCCCUUAUUUUCUUUUCGUGCCCCGGUUUGGUGAUUCGAAUCUGUUCUGUGUUUCUGGCUAUGCCUACUUUUACCCGAACCUUAUCUUCACUGCCUAUUUCAUCCGCAGUCGAGCGUGAAAGCACCCCCUUGCCCCAUCCCUCUCGUAACCCCACUCACCCGUUUUGCUCCAAUUUACCUACUUUCGAUUUACCGAAGCGUCUUGGCACUUUGCUUGAACUAAGGUAGCGCGUUCCUUUGCGUUAGCUGACUGGGUAUGCACAUCUCGUGUUGCGGUGCAAAAAGGAAAAAGUUAUAUACUUCAACUUGCCCUCGGGGAUCAGACCCAAGAAACGUUUUCCACGUUCCUGCUGAUCAUACUUCUUCUCGAACUUCUUGGUCGAAAAUUAUACGAAGUCAUAAUUUAUAUUUAUUUCUUCCAUCUUGUUACAUUGCUUGUUGACUGAUCGUAUCACUUGAGUUUCAAGAAGCCCUCCUCCAUACCCUUUCUCAACCCUCAGCAUCAACUACUACUUUUAAAUAUGGCUGGACCUGGAGGUGGACCACCACGCAAGAGCCAUACGAAGUCCAGGAAGGGCUGCAAGACUUGUAAGAGACGACAUAUUCGAUGCGAUGAGACCAAUCCUCAAUGUCGAAACUGUACAAAACAUAAUGUUCGUUGUGAUUACAUGGAUAAUGUUAUCUCUCAGGAGCAAGCAGUGGCUCCAAGGACAGGACCGGAUCUUCUUAUGUCUUCCCAGAUUGAUAUCGAAAUCGAUGCCUGGCUGAAGACUGGAAACCCACCCUUCCCUGAACUACAACUUAGCUCUAGAGAAUAUUGGUUCAAGUUUUCACGGACUGAUUUGCGCCUUAUUCACCACAUCUCCGGACUUUCAAUUGACCUACAUCGCCGAGGCUAUAGUAAUUGCACAGUCUGGGCCCAGAAAAUGCCCAUUUUUUUGGCCAUUGCGUUGUCUACCGAAUUUGUCAUGAGUGCCAUUCUUGCUCUCUCAGCUUCACAUCUGGCUUGGAUGACCCAGAACCCCGAAACCGAAAACCUUGCUUAUCACCAUCGGGGAGUAGCCCUAAAGGGUCUCCAUGAAGCAAUCGGUGCUUUCUCACGAGAAAAUUCAGAUGCCAUUUUAGCAGCAUCAAUGCUUUUAUCCUGGCAAGCUACGGAAUGGAGGAGUUGGGCCUCGCUUCAGCAGGGUGUCUCAACUGUGCUUAACUCGAUGCAGCCGUGGUGGAAGGAAGAGUCAGAAUUGGCAAAAUUUAUGGAUUCCCAGCGGGCCUUUCGAAGUGCGAGAACGCCGAUAUCACCAAGCUAUCCUGGAGCGAUGGGCCAGUUCCAAGACGAAGAUCUUAUGAGAUUAGAUCGUGUCGUGGGAAAUUUAAUUAACAUUCACCAGCGACUUUCCCACAAUCAGGAACAUUAUCAGAGGGUUACUGAUUUGUUGAACUUUGUUCAGCAAUUGCGAACUGAUAUGCCUGUACAAUCGCCGGAUAGAGCUUUCGAACGACUUCAACCGUUGCGAACGUGGCUCUUCUGGCUUCCCCCAGCUAUGCUUCGAGGCGGAGAAACAGAUCUCGGUGCACUUGCUGUGCUCUCGCAAUUUUUCGGGAUAGCAUUAGCUCUAGAGCCCAUUUUCCCUGAAAUCGGAGGCUCCUACCUUGGCACUAUGGCUGUCCUUCCAAUCGAAGACAUUCGAAGAAUACUGCACGUUAGGAAAGCCUCUCAGCCUUUCGCUCCCGAAGUUCAGUUGGCUCUAGGCUUAAUGGAGCUGCCCUGCGAGAUUGUUGCGGAAUAUCGAAGCCGUCUCCAUUGGUCGCCGAGAAAUUCUUUCGAUGCCUACUCUCCUGGGUCUCACAGUCCAUAUCAUACUCUACCGAAUCUUCAUCUUGCAUCCACCUCUCCAUCGACAGGCUCCGGCUACUCAGCUUAUACUACAUCGCCACUCCACUCGCCCCUUACUCCUGCGAUCGUUGCUUCUCCAUACCAGAUGCCAGCAAUUAUCACCUCCCGACGGCAAUCUCAGGUUUACACAACGUCGCCAACGCUACAUCCGGACCACACGGAUGAUCGGGUUGGGGGUGACUACAAGCACAAUCCACAAACUCACUCGCCUAUCUUCAAUCCUGCUUACUUGGGAAAUUUAAUACAUGGAUCACCGGUCAUGGGGACAGACUUUAAUGAGUCUCCCACACUCAGCGUGUCAGGAGGGUUGGUCAUUCCCGAUCUUUGCUGAACUUGAUCCAUGCAUCCAUCUUGCACACGGUCCAUCUAUCCCUGCAUUCCUCUCACAACACCAAUCCCCAUAGCUAAGAAUCACCUAUAAACACGUUUAUAUACACAAAAUCAUGGCAGAAUUAUGCGGCUGAGUCUUUUUUUUUAUUUCCAUUUUAUGGAAAUCCAGGGACCCAUCUGCAUCACGCCGUGGCUCUUUCGUGAAGCCUUACUAGUGCCCUUUCUACACUUAUUUAACUCCCGACAUCCCGAAAUUCCUUCUCUUCGCCCCCAUUCGUCGGUUUACGAAAUGAUAAGAGUCUGCGUCUUGGUGGAUUUAACUUUCGAUUGUUGGUAAGGAUUGAUGGACUGUUUUCCACAUAUGACGACCAUAUAGACGGACUUAACGAAUGGGGUUCUUUUUUGUUCUUUACUCUAAAUCUCUUUUUGAGACAUUUUAUUUGAUGUAGGACAUCUCUAUUUCAUACCCGUUUGUUACGGUGACUUUUAUUGAAAGUGGAAAAGUAGCAACACAGAACCCAACGACUGGAUUCCUUCCUUUCCUUUUCUAUCAAAUUAUUCUUAUACUUUUCCAAUCAAUUUGGGGCUUCUUACAUGAACGUAUACAAAUUCCCCUUUUUUCUUGUCCAUUCACAUCUCUCUGAUCGUCUAGUGGAUAUUUUUGUGAAUUGUGUUAUUCCUUUUUCAUAUUUGUUGGCAUAAUCUUCAACGAAAUGAACAAUAAUCACAUUGAAAGAACAAGUGGACACUCACUCCCGGCCCUUUACGCAUAAAGCUUUUCGCCUAGCACUCAGCUUUUAGAUAUUUUGGGGAUACAUGUCUGUCCCACGCUAUGGUUCCUCAUCUUCACGUUUGUAUCUGAGGCUAGAUCGCUUCGUUACGAGAUAGCGGCCGACCUGGAAUCUUGUCAUUCCUCUGUAUUAGUUUGGGGGGAAGCGGUUUUGUAAAGAUAACUAGGCGUAAAAUUUGCAAUGCGCAGCCGUUCCUGAAACAAAAUUUUUAGUUUGCCAUAAAAUAGCACAAAAA